UCACGUAUAAGACAGUCUCGCGCGAGCCAGGUUCCUCAAAUGGUCGUCGGUAUAUAUAAAUUUAUAAAUAGUUGCAGCGAUGAAAAAAAACAAGACUAAUAAUGGCAAAACUGAAAAGUUACAAGGUCAAAAUGGAAAAACCUUCGAUCCGAUGGCAUUGACUUGGUCCGAGAGGUACGACGAGCAGAUUUCGAAAGUUUGGAAACUUUUACCGGAAAGUGUCGCUAAAAUUAUUGCGUCUGUUGCUGUGUUUAUUUUAGGCGUGUCGAUCAAUGGAGACUGGAUCCUAGUUUGGGUGCACCUGAUAAAACAGUUCGGACAUAGAAGUGUUAACGCUACUGUUGAUAGUCGGUGGUUUACGUUGGAAUCUCUUAGGCUGAAUAACUUUCUUAGCUUCUGGUGGCCCUCGCUUGUUGUAUCUUAUGGACUGUAUGUUGGAAUUGGCGGAUUUAUACAUUGGUACUAUUACAUCAGACAACGGGACAGACCCGAAGAAUGGAAGUGUCAGCCGCAAAAGUGGCUCUCACCAGAACUGGAAAAACACGAAAUCUUAUUGGGAUCCUUCACGUUAUUCCUUAAUGCGACCGUUAGCUCCCUGUUAUCAUGCUACAUUUAUAACGGUGGUUAUUGCACGGUAUAUUAUGACAUAAGUGAAUACGGUUGGUUAUAUUUCAUUUUGCAGUUUCCGUUAAUUUUCAUUUAUCAAGACUAUUUAACGUAUUGGUUGCACCGCAUUUAUCAUUUGCCCUUCCUGUACAAGAACUUCCAUAAGUUACAUCACAAGUACAAGCAGCCCACCGCUUUCUCUGUAACGGCAAUACAUCCGGUGGAGUCGUUACAUAUCCAGAUCACUUUGGCCACCCCAUUAUUCUUUGCUCCUAUACAUUGGUUUCCAUUUUACGCUUCCGCGUUCUACGCUUACUAUCACGGAAUAAUCGACCAUUCGGGAGUAAACUUUAAGUCGUUCUGGUGGCAACCUUGGCAACCGGAUGCCAUUUUCCACGACAACCACCAUCAGUAUUUCCACGUGAACUUUGCUUUUAACAUAUCGUUCUGGGAUAAACUCCAUGGCACUUAUAGAAGAAAGGACAGGGUCUACAAUGAAGACAUUUUCUACGGAACGGGUAAGACUGUCGAUAGUGUAACUAGCGAGGAACUCGCGGCAGAUUUGGAAGAACGAGAACUCGAGAAUCCGUUGGCGUAUAGAGCGGAGAUGCCCUUUAAAUUAUCCGAUAAAGAAGUGAAAAGUCUGAGGAAAAGUAAAUAAAAAAAAAAAAACGAUCGGUCGAUAGGAGAAGAGAUGCUGCAAAAGUUGUGAUUGUAUUCAUCAGUAUUUGUUUAUUGAAACAAUAUAGUAAUGUUUAUAACAAAUUAUUAUCGGAGGAAACAAAAUGAUAUCAGACUUAUUAUGGCAUCUCUUUUUGUUUUACGGUUACUGAUAUUAAAUAUAUACUUAUAUUGAUUUUCUAUGUGAAAUAUUUGUGAUAGCUCUCAUGAAAUACAUAUUAUAAGAAAA